GAAAACAAUUUCUUUGGCCUUGCCUACCCAGUCCCUUCCCAUGUGGAGUGGAGUGUGUUUGUUUGUGGACCGUGGAGUGUCGAGACUAGCUCUAGAGAUCUAAAUAUCUAGACUAGAUCUAGAUUUCUAGUGACUGGUGGUUGUUUAUGCCGUUGUGGACUCUGGAGUGUCGAGAUUAGUGACUGGUGGUUGUUUAUGCAGUUGUGGACUCUGGAGUGUCGAGAUUAGUGACUGGUCCACUGACUGGUGGUUGUUUAUGCCGUGAAGAUGGGGAAAGAUAAACGCACCAAAAAGUUUGCACAAGUAAAGAGGCUUUUGAGCCUAAAGGACUCAAGAUUAAAAGCUAAAGACCGGGUCAAGAAGAGAAAGAGGAAGGCAAACCCAGAGAACAUAUCAGUGAGAGAGUUACCACAGUCUUCAUCUGCGAUGUACUUCUCCUACAACACUCAGUUGGGACCUCCAUUUCAUAUUAUUGUGGACACAAACUUCAUCAACUUUUCCAUAAAGAAUAAGCUGGAUGUGGUCACGAGCAUGAUGGACUGUCUCUAUGCAAAAUGUAUUCCUUACAUAACAGACUGUGUAAUGGCUGAGCUGGAAAAGCUGGGAAGAAAGUACAGAGUUGCUUUGAAAAUUGCAAAAGACUCAAGAUUUCAACAUUUAACUUGCCUGCACAAGGGUACCUAUGCUGAUGACUGCAUUGUUCGGAGAGUCACAGAGAACAAGUGUUACAUAGUGGCCACAAAUGACAAGGAUUUGAAAAAGAGGAUACGGAAGAUUCCUGGUGUGCCUAUCAUGUACAUUGCCCAGCACAGAUAUUCAAUAGAGAGACUUCCUGAUGCAUAUGGUGCUCCAAAGGUGUAAAUGUUUGCUGUUGUCAUAUGACCUGUAUAUAGUAUGAAUAAAAAUAUGUGAAUGAA